UUCAAAUUUUGUUUGUGGAUAAAUGACGUGACGACUGAGCGGACGACACACCUCCUGCUACUGUACUGUAUGUUUAACAAAAUCUGUGGGAUAUAGGCAAUACAUCUUCAUAGUGAGGCCAUAGAGAAGUAAGAAAUACUACUAUCAUAUAUGUUAAUAAGGCCAGUAUCAUGAGGAGAUCUAAUUUAGGAAGUGGAAGCGUUCAGCGACCAGGAGCCCUAAAACCGCGAAAUGCUGACAAUACUCCAAAUGACAGACGAAGUGUUGGACAACAAGGACGGAAGUCAUUUCUCUCUAAAGUGUCACAGCCAGACAGUGCCAAACGAGUAAGUAGCCGACUUAAGUCAAGGAGUACAGAGGGCCUUACACGACCAACUUUUGCUUCUGGGCGUUAUACUCCAACUCGCAACAAUGUGCUUUCAUCAAAUGCAUUGGCAGCACCAUCCAGUGUUAGCAGUAGGACGUCCUUUGAUUCAGCACGCAACUCUGGCAUAGGUAGCAAAAUUAGGAAGGAGACUCGACCAAUUAAUGAUUCUGCAUUCAAGAGCCAAUGUAUUGACAAGAUUCUAGACUUCCUUCAUAAGAAUGGCUAUGAAUACCAGGUUCAACGACGGAGUCUUCUUACCCCAUCUACCAAAGAUUUUGCAAAUAUUUUUAAUUUUGUGUAUCGGCACUUAGAUGGCUCUUAUACACUGCCUAAUAGAAUUGAGGAAGAAAUCCCAAGGCUGCUAAAGCUCCUUCAUUACCCAGUUCAGAUGCCCAAGUCAUCAUUCAUUACAGUUGGCUCACCACACACCUGGCCAUCAGUGCUGGCAAUGUUAGCUUGGCUAGUGGAUGUGGCUGUCAUAUAUGAAUCCAUUGACCCUUUAAUCUACGCUUUUCCAAGUGACUUUGACUCGGACGUGAAUAUCCCCAUGGCCAAAUUUUCCACAUUUGCAAAACUUGUCAAAUGUGAAAUACAUUCUGAUGAAGCUGAGAAAUGCUUUGAGGAUUUUCAACAUACUUUGGAGCUUGAUGAAGGUGUGCGACCACAAGAUAUGGUGCUGGUUCAAGAAAAACAAGAAGAACUAGAAAAUGAGUCAGCAACUCUUAGUAGUGGGCUUGAGAGACUACAGCAGUUGCAUAAUCAUUAUAUCCAACUACGGAAUGACGGUGAGAAAAUGACUGCUUACUGUCAAGAGCUACAAAUUCACAUAUCAAAUAAAGACGGUGAACGAUCUCAAUUGGAGUCUGUACUUUCUGAAUUUAAGGCUGAAGUAGUGCUGGUACAAGGAGAGGUGGAACGCUUAAAGAAGCUUCAAGCUCAACAAGCACUUAGUGUUGAAGAAUUGGCUCGGUUUAAGAAUCAUGCUCGUGACGUGGCUUCAUUCAUAUCACAACUUCAGCAAGAAGGCAAGGAUCUUGACACUAAGAUCUGGACAACGGAGAUGGAGGUUGGAAAGGCUCAGAAAAGCUUGAGCAAUUCUAUACGUACAUACAAUGCACUUGCACGCCAGCUUGAGCUCCCUAGUGACUACGAAGUAUCCUCAGCCAUUGUUAGUGACAUUACACAGCACUGGCAAACUGUGUUACUAAAUGAAAUGCGUACCAGAAAAAAAAAUGCCAAGCUUGAUACUUACCAAAGUCAAAACCAGCAAAGACAAAAAGAAGAUGAAAAGAACAUGAUUAAGGAAAUGCUGCAAGAGAAGAAAGAUCAAGCAAACAAACUGGAGAAUAAGCUGAAACGUGUGGAGGAAGAUAUUCUCAUGACCAAGAAUGAAAUUGCAGUGGAGGAACAAGAAAUGCAUCAGGAGAGUGAGCGAUUACAUCAGCAAAUUAUAGAGGCACGUAAAACUCAUAAGAGCUUCCUCUACCAGAAACAAAGUGCUCUAGACAUAGCAAAGGAGGAGUUGGAAGCCACAAAGAUUCAUGGGAAAGAACGUGCACAUGCUGGAGCAGCAUUCCUGGUGCGUGUGUGUGGUGCUGCACUGGAGCACCUUGAAUUUGAAAACCAUGAAGCCAACAAGUUUGUUGAGAGUAUGGAAAAAACAUGCAAACAGCUCUUGAAUUCAGUAGAGGUGUCAGAUGACAAAGAUUGAAAUAGCUGUAGAUGAUGUAAAAUUUAUAGGAUCCCUUCGAGUACUGUAUUAUUCUUCUUUAUUCUUUUAAUUUAACAUGAAGGCAGUGUGGUAGGUUCCAAGUUGCAUUUUCUUAUUCAUUGUUAUUACUUGAAGCUUAAUGUGUUUUUUUUUAUGGUUUCUUUUUAACCACAUUCCAUUUUUACAUCGGUAUAAAAGUGUAUUAUAGUAAACUUGUAAAACAUGCAUGUAUGAAAAGGUAAUUGAAGAAAACUUGCCAAAUUCUUGUUAUUUUCAUUAUACCGAGGACAGGAAAAAUUAAACUUGAGAUUUAAAGAAUCACUGAAUAGAAUGCUGAGGAUUGGAUUUAAGGAUAAUGAAAUGGAAUAAAGUGAAGUGCAUAAAUUUCUAGUGUGUACCACAUGUGUGGAUUACAGUAGUACAGUAUCUCCAUUAGCUGAAACUCAACAAUUGCUGGAAUUGAAAUUUACUAAAAUUUUUUGGGAACAUUCCAAGGUUGAAAAUCAGGUGCAAUUUCUGAAAAUUCCAAGAAAUGUUCUGGAAAACUCAGAAUUUUUAUUUCUGGUUCUGGGAAUAAAUUUUCAAGGCAUCCACAUGUGUCAGGUGCUUAGGUGGUCCAGCUGCUUGGAUUGCUAAGUUCACAUUCUGUUACCAUUGUGGAAGGUUGUUCCUUUGCUAGCUGCUGUUUUCUGUACAAUUUGUGUUGUGCAGUGCUGUACAUUACUGUACCAGAACAAAAUCAGCCAACAAUACAGCAUUAAAAAUUUAAAAAUUAUUGCACUUUAGGUGUACAGUAAACUCUUGCACUUACGGACAAUCAGAGGGGGGGAGAAAGGUAUCCAGAUGUGGCAAAUGUCCGGAUGAACUGGGGAACCAAUGCGUGUUAACAAUAACCAUAAUAUUGUACAGUCUCGUUCAAGAUUCUUCGAACACUGCUGGAGACAACUGGCAACUCAAGGCCGUUUGUUUACUAUACUGUAGUACGUAGUAAAAAUUAUGAACGAAUGUAAAAGGUUAUCGGUGAUUGGUUACUUAGUUCCCUGUUGCUUAAUUAAUGGCUGGGCUUUGUUGUUUCGUAUUAUAUUAUACUACGUACAAUGGGAUAUGUUCCACAACUACUAAAAGUCAGCAGUAAUGCUAUAAAAGUUGUGGAAAAAUCAUUAAAAUAUUCUUGCCUAUGCAGCAUUAUGGACAUGUUCCACAUUAAUUCCUGUA